AUGGAAUAUGUCGCAUCACAAUUUGGUUAUUUUAUUAGUACUUAUCCUCUGCUAACAAUUGGUUCAACAUUGAUGCUUUCUUUUUCAAUCAUUACUGCAUUUAUAUUUAAUCCAAUUAUUAUCGAAACGGAUAUACGGCAUGGUUUUGUAAAUCGAAAUAGUCGUUCGGUUUUAGAAUUUCAACGUUUUGCGGAAUUUAACAAUGCUUCAUGGAAGGAUAUGGAAAUGAUGGCUGUAUUGAUUCAACCAAAAUAUCUAAAUGAAACAGUUCUUCAAAUUACGCCUCAAUUAUGUGAUGAAGUAAAUAUAAUCUCUCGUUGA